AUGUCGUUUGCUGGAAAUAUUCAGACAUUUCGCAAAAAUUGUGCAUCAGUCAACUUUCCCUUCGCAGGUCGUGAUAAUUUCAAGAAAAUGCAGGAUUCCCCACACGAAAAUGGCACUGAGUACGAACAAAGUUUUGUGCAUUACCAGACAGAUUCAAAACCGGUUCUACGCCGCGACCAGAUGAGGAAGUCAUAUAAGGAAAAACUAGCUCAAAUAUUGACAAAAAAUGUUUGUGAACAACAGGAAAUCAUUCAUAAGCAGGAAGAAGAACGAAAAAAGUUGAAAAAACGGUUAAAUUAUUACUUGGCGAAGAAAACCGACAUUGAACCGCAAUAUAACCUUCACCGAACGGAUGAGGUAGUUACGUUCUGGAGUUAUCACAAACGGCAAAAUUUCAAUCACCGACGAAACAAUGAUUUCACUAAACCGCAAAAAGACAAAUUAAAUACCCAACUGGAAUAA